CGACCGUUCAUUUGUCCUCUUCCUUUAAUUAAUUAAUUAAGUUAAUUACAUCUUAAAUUAUUUGUAACAAAAACCUGCGCUAGCUUGGAUUAAUUACUAAAGCUCUUAGUAGUUUAACAAAUGAUUUUUAACAACAUCAGAAAAUAACUUUCACAUUUUCACACAACAAUACAAUCGUGUUCUAAAAUAAUUCUUUACACAGAAUUUAAAACAAUUAAAAACAUUUCACCAUUUGUGUUGAGAAUGAGUCGUGCCGCGUUUGAACUGCGCUUCGAACCCGCUCUGGCGCGUGCAAGAUGACUUUGCCCUCGCUUUUCGUCGCCAUGGCGACAUCAGCUCUCGCUUCCUAAACAAAGCCAAGACAAGACGCAAAAGAGAAAGACUUUACAGCAGCAAAACACCUUGCGUUUAUAGCUGACGACAGUUAAUGCAUAACUUUUGUGCAUUAAGGCCCCUGGAGUUUAACCACAGAAAGUUAUUGAUUUUGAGAGGCUCUCCAUGUCAUCUCCCCAUAGUCUGCUGCUCUGAGAUCAAGUGUAAAACCGACCUGCUGUCAUGUGUUGAUAAGAGAAAUCUAUCCUGUGAUAUUUUUGCACACUGAGUCAUUAUGGUCCAUCUAACAGUGCAUCUGAUCGCAAAAUCAAGCAAUUACUCAAAAACCUGCAGAAGUGAAUCUCUCCAGCAGUAUCUGAAGAAACUGACCCAUCUCAACUUCUCAAACAAAAGUAUAGAGGACAUUGAUGAUCUAUCAAUGUGCAGAAACCUCACAGUCCUGUACCUAUAUGACAACCAAAUAUCACAAAUCUGCAACUUGGGGUUUGCCUCAAACCUUACAAACUUAUACAUGCAAAAUAAUAAUAUAUCUUGCAUAGAGAACCUCUCUUCUCUGCAUAAGCUCUCCAAAUUGUUCUUGGGAGGAAACAGCAUCACUGUGGUGGAGGGAUUAGAUGAGCUGAAAAGCCUGAAGGAGCUGCAUGUGGAAGGUCAGAAACUACCGUUGACCCCGUGGCUGGUCUUUGACCCCCGUUCCAUAUCUAGCCUCUCUGAAACUCUGUGCAUUUUAAAUAUCAGUAAAAAUAACAUUGAUGAAAUAUGGGACUUGGCCCCUCUCAGGAAACUGACCCAUCUUUAUGCUACUGAUAACCAGCUACAGGACAUACAGGAGAUAGAGACAGUGUUCAGACAGUGGUCUCAACUGCGGUUACUGAAUCUGAAUAGAAAUCCUGUGUGUCACAAACCCAAAUACAGAGACAGACUUAUAACUGCCUGCAGAAUUCUAGAAGAUCUUGAUGGAAAACAAAUAAAUGAGCUGUCUAGGCAGUUUCUAAUCAACUGGAAAGCUUCAAAAGAUGCAAAGAAGAAACUAGAUGAUGGAAAAGACAUCAAAGAACAAACCACAAAUCCACUUACAACUGAUUUUCGCAUGGGCCCCCAACAUCCCUUUGCCCAUGACCGCAGCAGCUCUCUGAGUAAGCCGUCAGAAUAUGCAAGCCCGGCGUUACAUUUCGAGUACAAGGAGACAGCAGAGGAUAAAAGGUAUGAACAAUCAAAAUGUCUACUUCAUGUCUACUAAUAGACUUCCUUAUCCUUUACAUAAUCUCGGGCCAAAUGUAAAUU